UGAAAGCCCAGGAGGAGAAGAGACGGAAGGCGGUAAUUGCAGAGAGAGAUCGCAGAGACGGAGAGAGAUUGCAGAGAGGGAGAGGGAGCUUGGGAUGCAGAGACGAAACCUUCAAUCCCCUUUUUAUGGAAGCUUAUCAGUGGUGGUUGUUGGUGCGGUAAUAAUGGAGCUCUGAUGCGGUAAUAGUGCUGUAGGAUGUGGAUUGGCUGAACUGCUGCAAGGCUUUCUGGAGUUCCUUCAAUGGCUGGUGCUUCUUCUUCAUUGGCUGGAGCUUCAUGGCUAUAAUGGUGGUUGGUGGGUUGGUGCGUUUCUCCCUCUUCCCCUCUUUUUAAAAAUCCGACCGUUGAGCCUGUAAGUGACUUACAGGGACGUGACUUCUCACCCCCAUCCCCCUGCAGUUUUUUGGUAGAUUUGCCUGUAAGUGACUUACAGGUGAUUUUUCUCCCCCAAACACCACCUGUAAGUGACUUCUCUGUAAGUCACUUUCCACUUACCCAACUUACAGGCAUCCAAACAGGCGCAAGGAAAAAGACGAAACUGACAUCAACAACCCCUUACAAUUUCCUCCUUUCUAACCAUUCCCCGCCACCUCCCCUCAUAAAUUCAUCCAAAAUAUCAGCAAAAAUCGGAAGAUUACAUGAUUUCAAAGAUACCCCCCAACCUUCCUUCUCAUCUUACCUUCAAAUUCUUGAAACUCUAUGUGAAUUCUGGUGAUCUGCAACGUGCACGACACCUGUUCGAUCAAAUUCCUGAACCUGACGUCCGUACGCAGACCAUCUUGAUCACUGCCUACACCAAUUGGGGCUUCCCGAAGGAAUCCCUUAAACUCUACCGCGAAUUGCGAAACAAGAAAAUCAAACCCGAUAGGUUGGUUCUGUUGUCAGCUGCAAAGGCAUGCACGGCUUCAUCAGAUCUUAUCAAAGCGAAAGAGAUUCAUGAAGAUGCAGUUAGAUUUGGGUUUGGCUCAGACCUUGUCUUGGGAAAUGCAUUGAUUGAUAUGUUUGGGAAAUGCAACUCCAUUCAAGCUGCGGGGAAAGUUUUUGAUGAUCUGCCUGUUAAAGACGUGGUUUCUUGGACUUCGAUGGCUGUUGGUUAUUCAAAUUGUGGGCUUCCAAGAGAAGCUCUAUGGGUUCUGCAUGAAAUGGGACUGAAUGGAGUGAGACCGAAUUCAAUUACAGUGUCAUCCCUUCUGCCUACAUGUUCGCAUUUGAAAGCUUUGAAUGCAGGGAGAGAGAUUCAUGGGUUUGUUGUGAGGAAUGGGAUGGGAGAUAAUGUGUUUGUGAAUAGCGGGCUUGUGGAUAUGUAUGCUAAAUGCUCAAGUACGUGGCAAGCGCGGAAUGUUUUUGAUAACAUGCCUCGGAGGGAUAUCGUCGCAUGGAACGUGAUUCUAACCACAUAUUUCUCGAACGGGGACUGGAAUGAAGCUCGCAAGCUCUUUGAUCGGAUGAAAAUGGAAGGGACUAAGGUGAAUUCUGCUUCAUGGAAUGCUAUGAUCGCUGGGUGCACCCAGAAUGGACUGAAUGAGCAAGCAUUUGAAUUGCUUGCCCGAAUGCAAGAUUCUGGGUUCGAGCCUAACCAAAUCACUAUCGCCAGUGUCAUGCCUGCUUGCACCAGUUUGGAAAGCCUAAGAGGGGGCAAGGAAAUUCAUGGGUAUAGCUUCAGGCAUUGUUUUAUGGAGGAUGCAGUCAUUACAACGGCUUUGGUCUUCAUGUAUGCUAAAUGUGGGGACUUGGGGAUUUCUCGAAGAACUUUUGAUAAAAUGCCUAGAAAAGAUACAGUAGCUUGGAACACCAUGAUCUUGGCAAAUUCGAUGCAUGGACAUGGUGUCGAGGCUCUGUCACUUUUUCAUGGAAUGAUAGGUUCAGGCAUUAGGCCUAAUUCUGUCACCUUCACGGGUGUUCUUUCUGGUUGUAGUCACUCACGACUUGUCGAUGAAGGUCACGCUAUCUUUAAUUCGAUGAGCAGGGACCAUGGGGUUGAACCCGAUGAAGAUCACUACUCUUGCAUGGUUGAUGUGUUUAGCCGGGCAGGCCACCUCGAAGAGGCAUAUGGAUUUAUCCAAAAGAUGCCACUCCAACCUACUGCUGGAGCUUGGGGAGCUUUGCUCGGUGCCUGUAGAGUAUAUAAGAACGUCGAGCUAGGAGCAAUUGCAGCAAACCGUCUGUUCGAUAUUGAGCCAGACAACCCAGGGAACUACAUACUGUUAUCGAACAUUUUUGUGGCGGCCAAAUUACCGGAUGAUGCGUCAAUGGUUAGGAAAUUGAUGAGAGACCGAGGCAUUGUGAAAAUGCCUGGGUGCAGUUGGAUUCAAGUAAAGGAUAAAGUAUACACUUUCACCGCAGGCGAUAAGAGAAGUGCCUGGAGCGAUGAAAUCUAUGGUUUUCUUGAUGAGUUGGGUGAGAAGAUGAGACUCAUGGGUUAUGUGCCCAACACUGGUUUUGCUUUGCAGGAUGUAGAUGAAGAGGAGAAAGAAGAGGGUUUGAGCAGCCACAGUGAGAGGCUUGCGGUUGCUUUUGGAAUCCUUAACUCAAAUGGGGGAUCGACAAUUCGGGUGUUCAAGAACUUAAGGAUAUGCGGAGAUUGUCAUAAUGCUAUCAAGUUCAUUGCCAAGAUUGUCAGGAUGCAGAUCAUCGUGAGGGACGCUAUGAGAUUUCACCAUUUCAGAGACGGGUCUUGUUCUUGUCAUGACUUUUGGUUUUUCCAUAUCACCGGUGGGCCCCACAGAGCUUUUUGCUGCACCGUCUCCCUACCAAGCAGUAAUAGGAAACUUUCCACUUCAAGCAUUUCCCCUCCCUCCAAAUCCCACCCGUUGAAAUCACCCAAACUCCCAACGGUCAAAUUUCAAUCUCCAUUCAAAUGCUUCCAUCUCCAAACCAUGUUCCCUCUUCCAAAACAUAUACCCCUUGCUUCCCGCGUCAAAUCCAACCUCUUCCUUCUAUCCCUCCACACCGCCUCUCCCACCAAUACCAACCAAAAUCCUGAAUUCAAAUUCCCCACUUACCCAAACCUCCAUUCCCUUCUAGCCAAAUGCACAUCCAGUAAAGAACUCAAACAAAUCCAUGCUCACAUCAUCCAGAUCGGAUAUCAAAAAGAAAUCCUCAUGGCCGGCAAGCUCAUCGCUUUCUGCGCCACCUCCCAAAUGGGUGAUCUUUGCCAUGCCCAGUUGGUUUUUGAUCAAAUAGCUAAACCCAACCGAUUCAUGUGGAAUAGCUUAAUAAGAGGCUAUUCUAAUAGUAGUAACCCUAGAGAAUCGAUCUUCCUCUAUUCUCGAAUGAUGGGGGCAGGCUUCACACCCAACGAAUUCACCUUCCCAUUUGUUCUCAAGGCUUGCUCCCUUGAAUCUGCUUUCAGGGAAGCGAUUGGAAUCCAUGUUCAUGUGGUCAAGCUCGGGUUCGGAUCUCAAGUUUUCGUGCAGAAUGCGCUCCUCCAUGUUUAUGCGGUUUGUAGGUUGAUUCAAUCUGCUCGCCAGUUGUUCGAUGAUCUCUCUGAGAGAAGUCUUGUUUCUUGGAAUUCAAUGAUUGGUGGCUAUUCUCGACUGGGUUGCUGCAAGGAAGCUUUUUCUCUUUUUCGGGCCAUGAGGGAUUCAGGUAUGGAACCUGACAAUUUUACCUUGGUUAAUCUCCUUUCUGUUUGUUCAGAAAUGGGUAAUUCCGAUAUGGGUAGAUUCCUACACUUGUACAUAGAGAUAAAUGGGGUGGAAACUGAUUUAUUUGUCAAGAAUGCUUUGGUGGAUAUGUAUGCCAAGUGUGGGGAUUUGGUCUCUGCGCAGACAUUAUUUGAUAGAAUGCCUGAGAAGAAUGUGGUUUCCGGGACUUCCAUGGUGGGGGCAUAUGCUCAACAUGGGUUCUUGGAUCUUGCACGUUGUGAAUUUGAUAAGAUGUCCGAGAAAAAUGUAGUUUCUUGGAAUGCAAUGAUUUCUUGUUAUCUUCAACAAGGUCUAUUUCAAAAAGUGUUGGAUCUAUUUACCGAGAUGGAGGCUUCAGCAGUUCAACCCAAUGAGGCUACAUUGGUGAGUGUUCUUACAGCUUGUAGCCAACUUGGUGAUUUGAUGACAGGAAAGAAAACCCACAUGUAUAUUCGCAAUAACAACAUACAACCUAGUGUCACAUUAUGUAACUCGCUUAUAGACAUGUAUGCGAAAUGUGGUCCUAUAGAUGUUGCCUUACAUCUCUUUAGACAGAUGUCUGAGAGGAAUGUGGUUUCGUGGAAUGUUAUGAUUGGUGCCCUGGCAAUGCACGGCUGCGCUCUCAAUGCUAUUGAUCUCUUCACCAGGAUGCAAAAUGAUGGUGUACCACCAGAUGGGAUUACCUUUGUCGGCGUGCUAUGUGCUUGUAGCCACGGCGGUUUCUUGGACAUUGGUCAAAAUUACUUCGAUACUAUGAGUCUUGUCUAUGGGGUUCCUCGAGAAAUUGAACACUAUGCUUGCAUGGUCGAUCUUCUAGGACGAGGAGGGUGUUUGCAGGAAGCAGUCGAGUUAAUAGGAGACAUGCCAAUGAAGCCUGAUGUUGUUGUGUGGGGUGCCCUGCUUGGGGCCUGUAGGAUUCAUGGCAAUAUAGAGAUUGGAAAGCAAGUGCUAAAACAGCUGCUAGAGUUGGAGCCUCUUGAUGGUGGAGGGCUGUAUGUAUUAAUAUCAAACAUGUUUUGUGAGGCUAACCGAUGGGAAGAUGUGAAGAGGGUGAGGAAGCUGAUGAAGGACAAGGGGAUAAGAAAGGGGAGAGCUCUUAGCUUGAUUGAAAUUGAUGGUGAUGUUCAUGAAUUUGUAGUUGAAGACAAAAGGCAUAGAAUUUCAAGCCAGAUCUACUUGAUGCUAGAUCGAUUAACAGAUCACAUGAGGUGCAUGGGGUAUUUGUUCAACACAUCUAGAGCAUUUUUUAAUGUAGAGGAAUGAGGACAACUUUACGUCCCAUUGUAAUAUCCUACCAUUCUUUUCUAUAUUUAAUACAAAUGAUGAUUAAGGCAAA